AUGCAGCAGCAAACUAUAGACACUACAAGCUACUGCAAGUCCUGCAAGCAUCUGCAGGAGAAAUUGCUCUUCAUUGACCGUACCAGAACGGCGAUAUGGGGCUGGAGUUAUGGUGGAUACGCGACCGGCAUGACGCUCGCUAUGGACUUAAAAGGUGUCUUCAAAUGCGGCAUGUCCGUCGCACCAGUCACAGAUUGGGCCCUUUAUGAUUCGAUUUAUACCGAGCGGUUCAUGGGUCUGCCGACUGUUACCGAUAAUCUGCAAGGCUACGAACAUGGUCAGCUGCUCAAUAAAGUCGAAAACAUCAAGAAUAAGAUGUAUUAUUUGAUUCAUGGUACUCUGGAUGACAACGUUCAUUAUCAACAGUCGCUUAUGCUCGCGAAGGUGUUGGAACAGAAAGACAUACUCUUCAGACAACAGACGUACACGGAUGAAGAUCAUGGUAUUGUCCAGUCGCGAGCGCAUCUGUACCAUUCGUUGGAGAACUUCCUAGACGAAUGCUUUCAAACAUCAUCAUGAUCGGAACACAGGAUAGUGAUGACAAUCUAGACGCUGUACACCACCUGCCUCACACUUGUAAAUAUUUUGUCACGUGUACAUAAUUUGUGUACGAUAUGUAAUAUGAGCGUUUAGAGAGUGUACAUAACAAUGUACGAUUGUUGAGGAAGGAUGGGGGAGGGGGGAGGGAGAGAGAGAGCGCAAAAUGUGCAAAAAGAUGAAAUAAUUAAUUAGGUACCGGUGUCGUGAAAUUAAGCAGGGCAGGUCUGUAAAAAAAACAUGUUUGAUACAUUUUUUAAAGUACGUACUCGAUCAAAUGGUGCGUUGAAGGCCUAAUAACGGCAUGAACUCCGUCGCUUUGUCGUUCAAACCUCACUAGAAUGUAUUCUGUAUCAUUACAGCUCGUACUUACAUUCUCAGCACACAGGCGUUAUUUGAACAUUGUAUAUUACGAUUCGUAUAGCACAUGUUGUUUCUCAGAUGGUCGAAUGAACUAAUCGACUUGAUGUCAACUUGAAUAGCAAAAAUAUAGGGUGCAAUCCUCAACAAUUUAAUUUUUUCGUAAUACUCUUUU